AAACCAGAAGUCCUCCACCAAACCCCCCCAUCUGUAUCCCGCCUUCGCCUCUCCACUCCUUCCAACCAGGCAGGGUUCUCGUCCGUCGUGAUAUCCGCCCAAACCUCCUACAACAUGUUCGCCCGAUCGUGCCUCCGCUCGACGACCUUGAGGUCAAUUCCUCGUCAGGCCGCUAGGCGUGCCGCUUCCACAUCCUCCGCCUCCGAGGCGUCCCCCAGAAACCUGAACAUUGCCGGAACCGCAGCUACCGCUGUCGCCAUCGGUUCCGUCGCUCUGUACUACCAGCAGUAUGGCUUCAUGUCGGAUGUGCACGCUGCGACUCCGGCCGAGGAGGGUCUCCACGCCUCGAAAUACCCGUGGGCUCACCAGGGUUGGUUGAAGACCUUCGACCACAGCGCUCUCCGCCGUGGAUUCCAGGUCUACCGUGAGGUUUGCGCCUCCUGCCACUCUCUCCGUCUGGUUCCUUGGCGAACCCUGGUCGGUGUCACCCACACCGUCGACGAGGCCAAGGCUAUGGCCGAGGAGAACGAGUACGACGACGAGCCCAACGAUGCCGGUGAUAUCGUCAAGCGCGCCGGAAAGCUCUCGGACUACAUCCCAUCACCCUACGCCAACGAGCAGGCCGCCCGUGCUGCCAACCAGGGAGCCCUUCCCCCGGAUUUGUCGCUGAUCGUCAAGGCCCGCCACGGCGGUUGCGACUACAUCUUCUCGCUGCUGACUGGAUACCCCGAUGAGGUUCCCGUUGGUGCCAACGUUGCCGAGGGCUUGAACUUCAACCCCUACUUCCCCGGAACCGGUAUCGCCAUGGCCCGUGUUCUCUACGACGGUAUUGUCGAGUACGAGGACGGUACCCCCGCCACCACCUCCCAGAUGGCCAAGGACGUCACCGAGUUCCUCAACUGGGCCGCCGAGCCCGAGAUGGACCAGCGCAAGAAGAUGGGAAUGAAGGUUCUCGCCGUGACCGCCGUCCUUACCGCUCUCUCGAUGUGGGUCAAGCGAUACAAGUGGGCCCCGAUCAAGAACAGGAAGCUCGUCUACACCCCUCCCAAGGCCUAAACACCCAAUCACCACUGCAACAACCAAACCAAAACCUGGAUGAUGUGAAUGGGAGAGGGAAGGGUAGAAGGGGCAGGAAGGGUAGGAAG